AUGAUAUUAGCUCUGGGUCACUCAGGAGUAGGCUCUGAGUCUACGAGAGUAGUUCGUACCCGCUUACGCGCCAUAAAUCAAGGGUGUAAUAAUGACACACUGAGAAAUGUAAGCGGCUUCCAGUGGCAGUCGUUUCGUAGAGCUUCAACUACGAAAAUACACAAAGAAAAAAUCGUUAUGUUCCAUUGUAGUUUCGCUGAUGUAAGCGCGCUAGUGAGAGCACUAGUUGCAUCCGCAGCACUUCCUCUAGUACUUCUGAAUCCAAUAGCUCAGCAAUAUUGA